UUUAAAAAGGAGGAGGGCUCACUUGUCAAGAAUGCCUUAGAAGAGUUGUGAAAACAGCCAGCCCGAGAACGAGAGUCAUACAGUUGUGGAUGCCGCUUUCCCGAAGAGCAGCAAGUUGGUUAGAUCUGGGAAGGAGAGAGGGUGUGUGUGUGAGAGCGACGCAGAAGGGAAAGCGUGUGAGAGUGUGUCAGGACCAGAGGCUCCAAAGGACGUCACGCACGCUCCCAGAGAGAGAGGGAAACGUGCUGUCACAGGAAGGUGUCUAUCCUCACGUGCUCUGGGCUGUGGAAGAGUCAACAGCCUCUGACAGAAGUGAGUAGAUGCAGUGAGACGAUGGUGUUCAUUUAGUCAGCUGAAGUGGAUAUUACUCAAAAGUGACAAAGAUAUCGAUUUCUAGUCCUAACUUACUUUCUGAGAGAGGUUGAAAUUCCUCGACAGGGAAAAGACUGCGCUCGAGAUCGUGCGAAGGGUUUUUGCAUCACGAUGGAUCAGCCGGCCAGCAGCUGCAUGCGGAGCGCCCAUACCAGCAGCCCCAUCUGGGGCUGCAUGAGGAACCCUCACUCUGGGGUCCCAGGGGUGAAUCUGCAGUCGCCCUACCAGCAGGCCCCGUUCUCCCUCCACCAGAAGCCUGAGUUCCUGGCCUACACAGAUUUCUCCACCUCCUGCCUGGUGUCGAGCACGCCGCACGCAGCCUACCCUCGCGAUGACAGACUGUACCAAGAGAGCCAAGGGGGUUACCAAAGAGCUGACUGGCAGUUCAACCAAUGUGAGACUCGUGUGAGAGCACCUGAGGCCUGCCCGCCUGUUGCCCCUGCAGUAAUAGGUGGCGGCGGCGGCAGUGGGGCUGGAGGGCCUGAGCUGGACAGUGUAGGGGGGGACAGGCUUCCAGGCACCGUGCCCGGGUGUAUGGAGGGAGAAUACUCACCCCAAAGCGUGGCGUCGGCCGACUCGGACAAGAAGAGCUCCAAUAAGAGGAAAAGAGAUGUCACAGAUAUCCAGGAGUCCAGCUUUAAGGUGGAUUCCAGCUGCAAGGCAAGAAAAGAGCGCACAGCAUUCACCAAGGAGCAGCUGAGAGAACUGGAGGCAGAGUUCACCCACCAUAACUACCUGACCAGGCUGCGUCGCUACGAGAUCGCUGUAAACCUGGACCUCACAGAGAGACAGGUUAAAGUUUGGUUCCAGAAUCGGCGAAUGAAGUGGAAGAGAGUGAAGGGAGGACAAUCGGCUUCGCCCAACGAGCUGGAAAAUGACGACAUAGACUCAGCUGCUUCACCCAGCUCUGAAUGAUGUUUUU